GACACUUAAAUAUAGUGGCGAAAUAUGUCUGAUCACUGUGUAUCAUUUCUCAUUAGAUACAUCAUCAGUAUAGUCUAAAUGUGAUCGCAAAAACGUAAGCAAACAUUUUAAGGAGAUUUAACGUACAACUAAGAAAAAAAGAAAAUGCAUACGGUGAAAUAAGCAAAAGCUUACAUAAUGGCGAGUGACGAGGAUGGUGGUGUGUACGCCAGCACACGUGAUGAUGUUCUUGACAUCUAUCGCAGUGGUGUCGAAACCCGUGUCCGCAAGUCAGCACCAACACCCGCUCCUAGAAAAAGCAAACAGAAGGAUAAUUACGCGUUUAUCCCAUCUUCCAACAGUAACCAGUCUUUGCAAGGAACAUUUAAUGCUAGUGAAAGACUAAACAGGUCAUUGUCAUACCCGGAAGAUUUAAAACACCACCACAUGACUGUUGAAGUAAACAAAGCUAUCCAUGCGGAAAUAAUGAGCACUCCAUGGGGAACACUUGGACGUCGUUCAGAUAGGAGACGGAACCGGUACGAAGAUUACCUCUCAUCCGAGAGUGAACCAUUUAGGGAUCUAGAGCCCUACUAUGACAAUGAAUGUUUCCGAGAUGAAUCCAAUGUGCCGACAUCUCGAGAUUUUGAACUGCAGGGAUACGGAGGGAACGUGUAUGGAACGUUUCGCCGUGCUCCGAGAACUUACCCUAGACUUGACGCCAUAAAUGUUCAUAACCAAAUACACAGGAAUGACACGAACGAAUCUAGAAUACUGAGCCAAGCAACUCCUUUUGAUAGAGUAUUCCCGAAAAUUCCCAACAGGGAGGUCAAUAACCGAGAAAAGUAUUUGGAUGUAACGCUGUGUCACGACAAACGACAAAGCGAAGUCAAUGACCAAACGGCCAUCAAUCACAUGUUUUCAAUACAAUUAACUGACGUCCAAAACGUGAACAGCACACUUUCCUCGCCAACAUCGAGUGAUAAUAUGGAGGAAGUUAGCAACAGUUGUACUAGAAUUAAACGAACUUUAAGUACAGUUUGCCAACAAAAUAACAGUGUAGAUUCAGAAAAGUCUAACGUGUGCUUUUGUGGGGUAACAAACAAAUUACGCAAACUAUGUUGUGCUAAAAGCUUUUCCUGUCGAAGGAAAACUAAUGUAUCAAAGAAAAAUGGAACACAUUUGUCAGGAGGAUCGGAAAAGCCCUUCUUCUAUUGCAGAUGGGUCACAGAUUACCCGAAAUCCAUGUUUUUUCUAACCCUUGGAGGCCACAUCCUCAUCGCACUUGUUACCGGAAUUCUGCUGUGGACCGGCUACGAUUUGUUUCCCACGGAGUUUGAGACGCUACCUAUGUAUGACUGGGAAGUUCCUUGGAUGAGACGGUCCCUCGCCUGGAACUUCCGGCACGAGUAUGAAAACAGAUAUGUCCGGAAAUGGUUUAUUCAGGGCUUCGAUAAAUGGUACAGGUCCAUGGCCUACGAUCGCGCAAAUAUUGUUUUGUACUACGACACUGGAGGAGGAAACAUUUUUACAAAGACUAAUCUAAAAGCAAUAGAGACCAUUGAACACGAAAUGUCCAACAUGGCGAACUAUAGCCAAUUCUGUGUUCAAAAUGCUACCUUUAAUUGCCAUAAACCGACGUCGGUGUUACGUUAUUUUGACGGAACAUACAAGAGUGUCAAUCCAGUCUUCUUCGACCCUAAAUACAAUAAUAUUGCACAAGUGCUGUAUGCUGCAAUGACAAACAAUCAGACAAAGGGCGAUUUUGCAUACUUUCUGUCAUCAGAUCAUGAACUAACUCCGAAGGGCGUGCAUGCACCAGUUACACGCACCAUUAUGCCCCUGGGAUUUCCACUCAAGUUAAAACAAAAGAUAGAUGAGAUGGAGGACGAAAUGGAACAUUUUCUCAUAAACAGUUUUAAACCAACAAUCCACGAUGUCCGAGAAGCAACCUCUGGUUUUAGAAUUACUUAUUGGAGCUAUUUAUUAUUUAGACAUGAUAUAGUGAGACAAAUAUUCUACGACAUGAUGCUGGCAGGUGGGAGUGUCAUUUUUAUAUUUGGAUUUAUUGUUUACCAUACAAAAUCCCUAUGGAUUUCAUCUUUUGCCGUCAUGAGCAUUUUGACGAGUUUUCUGUGCACAAAUCUUAUCUACAGAAUUGCGUUAGACUUUAGAUACAUCGGAUAUUUCCACGUCAUAACAUUGUUUAUCAUUCUUGGCAUCGGUGCAGACGACAUAUUUGUUUUUCUUGACGUUUGGAAAAAUACUGGAUACCAGGAACAUUCUUCACUUUCUAUGAGACUUACAACCGCUUACAAACAGUCGAUCAAGAGUAUGUUCUUCACCUCUUUGACAACAGCAGUUGCAUUUUUAACAAGUUCGUUUUCACCACUAUUAGCAACACAGUCAUUCGGUCUUUUUGCUGGAGUUUUAGUCAUUGUGAACUAUGUUUCAGUGGUUGUGUAUUUUCCCACUGUUCUGAUAAUGCAUCAUUAUUACUUCAAAGACAAAUCAUGGCCGUGUUUUUCAAAGAAAUUCAAACGGUGCUUGUUUAAAUCUUGUCAAACUGAAGAAGAAGAAAGUGAUAAAAUAAAACUGCCAACUCCAACCCCUCACAACGUUGACCCGAUACAAAAUAUAAGCAGCUUGUUCGAAGAUAACAGUGCAGUGGCUAGCAAUGGAAGAAGGUAUAAUGUUGUUGGUAGGAUAAACUCAGCCUUCAAAACCGACGAGGACGAAUACGGUUUCAUGAGAUUUAAGAACUGUUCACAACCUCACUCGGAUUUUCAGCUUGAAAAUGAGACAGAAGUGAAAAGUGUGUACGCAGAGCUAUCUGAAUGUUCCGAUCAAACAUCACCUGCGACGUCAACAAGUGGAAUAGAAAAACAACAACGCAAAGCAUUGGUCAGGUUUUUCCGUGAUCAUUACUUCCGGUUUGUGACCCAUUUCAUAGCCAAGUGGAUUAUUCUGAUUGUUCUGUUAUCACUAGUUGGGUUCUUUGCAUACAGCAUCACGAAACUGAAAUUGGACAAUGAACAGGUUCAAUUCUACAGAAAAUCUCACAACUAUGGAAAAGCGCUUGAUUUUGAUUUCCACGGUUUUGUUCCUAACAAAAACGACCGUAACGUCGUGGUGUACAUUGUCUGGGGCUUAAAUGAGCGGGACAUGUCGACCUGCCAUUUUUCAGAGAGUCGGUGUAUAGGCGAAGAAAGUAUGGAUUCAUCGUUCAAUCCAAACACCCAAGAGGCACAGAUUGCCCUAAAGAACUUCUGUGAUAAGAUCCACAACUUUUCUGACUCUGAAAUUGACCAUUUCAAAGUUCGCCGUGACUUCACAACAAAAGAACCAGAAAUAACGUGCUUUGCACGAGACCUCGACCAGUUUUUACGGGAGGAGUCAUCUGAUUCAAAAGAGAGUCUUGCACUUCCCUGGUCUUACAGAAAAGCCAUCACAUUUAUGCAAGCCCGUAGUCUGACUUACAACACGCUCAAGUUAAAUGCAUCAUUUCCGAAUGUACUAGAGAUCCCAAUCUCGUAUUGGCUUAACGACCGAUACCGCUUUAAAAAUAAGACGACGUUCGACCGCUACCAGAGCUUGAUUGGGGAAGGCGUGAGCCCUUAUUCAACGCCCAUGAAGACAGACUUUAGUGUCUUUUAUGGAAACCGUAUUGUUUACCUCGGUAUACAAGUAAACCUGACCUUGGGACGUUUCUCCUCCGGUUAUGUUGAGGGCAAACCAGUCAUGGAACGAUGGGAAGCAUUCGUUAAAGAAGAGAUGAAGAAUAUGCCUCCCGGUUUGCAAAAUGGAUUUCAACUCACGAAAGAUUACUGGCAUUCCCUAUCUGUGCAGAAGACAAUAUCGGAUAAUGCCAUAUUUGGAAUCGUUCUGGGAAUCGUUCUGGCACUUCCAAUUUUGACGAUAGCAACACAGAAUAUCGUCAUCGGCGUCUGUGCCACGUUUUCCAUGUGUUGCAGUACAAUAUGCGUUAUUGGCAUAAUUCCGCUGAUAGGUUGGAAACUAGGUAUUCUCGAAUCCUUGAACAUGUGUAUGGUUGUUGGUUUGACUGUGGACUAUGUCGUACAUCUUGCGGAAGGAUACCACACGUCACAAAAAGCAGACCGGAAGUCACGUGUUCAAGACAUGCUCGAAGUCAUGGGCAUUUCCGUUUUUUCAGGCGCUUGCACAACGCUUGGAGCCAGCGUUUUUAUGUUCUUUGCUCAAAUCCAGUUCAUCGUUCGCUUCGGAAUAUUUUUGUUUUGUACAAUUGGGUUUUCUUUGUUAUUUUCACUUGGACUAUUUUCCACAAUAAUGGGCAUUAUGGGCCCGAGCGGAAACACCGGUGAUAUUAAAAUGUUUUAUAGAAAAGUGAAAGAAACAUUCAGAAAAUGCUGUUGUUGAAAAUAUGAUGUAAACAUUUGAGUCUGUAUUACUCAUUUAAUUGUCCCGGUUUUUAUGCUAGAUUGUGUAUUGUUGUUUU